AUGGAACUCACAAGCAUGGAAUUCGCCUUGCGCACUGCUAUUUUAUCCUGGCAGCUGACAAGCGCGUUUGUGCUACUUAUCGAUUUCAUCACGAUCGAGUUAUCUGCAAACACCAUGGAAGAGCUUCGCCGAUUUCACUAUGCACUUCAGCUAUGUCUUGAAGUCGGUGCCAAGAAUGUCGAAUCAUCACCGUCGACAUCAUAUUCACAAUGGCUGAUCGAGGAGUCGGAGAGAAGGAGCCAAGCCUUCGAUUCGGCUAUGUACAAGACUGAGGAGGCGGCAGAGAUGCUACUAUACCUUCAUGAUCAGCAACAUGUUUUCCCGGAAUCACUGAGCGACGAUGUACUCUUGUGUGACGUGGGCGCCUCGGUCCAUCUUUUCGAGGAUCCUGCAAAUACCGGCUUCGCAUUCUUCCUUCGCUACCACGCUAAUACUUGGACACUGUGGAAUGUACUCUUGAUCUUCGAAUCUGCUCUGUUUCUAUGUGCAUGGAUCAAGAAAGCGGCAGUCGAAAGCAGUGGCAAUCAAGCCUGUCGGGUCAUCAUCGAGGACCUCAGGGGAGCUUUAUCGAUGGCGUGGUCCUCUUUGGAUGUUUCGGAUGGCCAGCCGGAUUUUACGAACAUGGAGGUACUCGCAAAUUCUGUCUUGCUAUACUGGAGCCAUGUGCUGGUAAGUUUGAGUGAGAAGCCGUUUGCACUUCAACCAUCCACCUUAUCCAACCCAAUCAUGUCCUCCCUAACCUACACCAACCCUCCCGGUACCUCUCAAAGGUUCUCAGACGAAAGCCACUUCUCAAUGGCCGUCGCUCUGCCCAACGGUAUCGUUAAGUGUUCGGGCCAAGGCGGCUGGGACUCCAUCACGGGCGCCCUCGACGCCAACAACAGCGACGAGCAAAUAGCCAUCGCAAUGAAGAACGUGGACCUAGUGUUGAAAGCCGCGGGGCUACGUGGCUGGGAAGAUGUGUACCAUCUGAGGAGCUACCACACUGAUAUCCGAUCAAGUUGGGAUCCGCUAGUCAAGGCGCUCAAGGAGAGGAUCCCGGGGCAUCGGCCAUGUUGGACGGCGGUUGCGGUGCCGCAUUUGGCGUUUCCGCAGAUGCUGAUCGAGUUGGAGGUCGAGGCUACCAAGCAGAGAUAG